AUGCGUGUACCUCCCGUGCAUUCGACCUUUACAACAAACCGACACCAAUUUGUCUCCACGCCCUCUCUGGUCCGUGUUGGAUCUCGGGCUCUGUUCAGGCCUCUGUCAUCAGCAGUAGUGUCAGAUGGCAGGAAAGGAGAGACAACCUCACUCCUACCUCAGAAUUCUCAGCAGCAGAUGGCAGUGCGUAGUUUCCAGACUAGUGCAGUGAGUCGUGACAUUGACACUGCUGCAAAGUUCAUUGGUGCUGGGGCAGCCACUGUGGGAGUAGCUGGAUCUGGAGCUGGCAUUGGGACUGUGUUUGGUAGUCUUAUUAUUGGAUAUGCAAGGAACCCUUCUUUGAAGCAGCAACUCUUCUCUUAUGCUAUCCUUGGCUUUGCUCUGUCUGAAGCUAUGGGUCUGUUCUGUCUGAUGGUUGCUUUCCUUAUUCUGUUUGCCAUAAAGCAAGUUCUGUGUCGCCGCUGUCACAGUCCCCAGGACUCUUCUGAACUGAAGAAACAUAAACGGACUAAUGUACAGCUUAAAAGAGAAAGGUCUCCAUGUCAACCGGUGUUGAAGCAUUUUGAUCUGGAGUACAGUCAGGACCUUGGCCAUCUGUGGACUUCAGCAAGAGAAGUUCUUUUGAACCCUCCCUCUUGGCAAUAUGGGGUCAUGCUCAACAGAUUCACAGCAGUGUCGAAUAUCGCUCAAACUCUAAAAUCUCAGGGAUUUUUUAGUGUGCUGCUACAGACAGAAAUCUCAUCUUUGCUGUGUAGAAAACCUCCACCGGAGUCUUUUCUGAAACAGCCUGGAGAAAAUGGUUCAAUGUUGUCGGCUGAGUGCUUCUCUGAUGACUCUAAUCUUCCUUCUGACGGAGGAUCCCAGUGUCUGCGUUCAGAGCCACCACAAAGUCCUUUACUACACUGCUACAUCCAUCCAUAUCCUCUGAGAUUUCCCUCACAAGCCCACAGACCCGGAUGUUUAAAGCAGUAUUACCUUCUGAAUGUGGCUUCUCUUCUCCCUGUUCUGGCCCUGCAAGUCAAAGAUGGGGAGAACAUUUUGGAUUUGUGUUCAGCACCUGGAGGCAAAUCCAUAGCCAUAAUGCAGAGCUGCAACCCAGCUCUUCUCUGCUGUAAUGAACCGGAUCCACACAGAAGGGAUUGGCUGGUCAAAACCCUGCAGUCUUUUCUCCCCUCGUCACUAAACAGCUGUGUGACUGUUUCUGCAGAAGAUGGGCGUUACUUUGGCCAAAGUGAACCAGCCAAAUAUGACAAGGUACUGGUUGAUGCGCCAUGCUCCAAUGACAGAAGUUGGCUGUAUUCUGCUGGUGGCCUCCAGGCGGAAAAGAGAUUAAGAGAAAGGACAAUGCUACCUGUUCUUCAAACUCAACUUCUAAAAUCUGCGCUGUCAGCUGUGCGUCCAGGGGGCACUGUGGUCUAUUCGACCUGCACUCUGUCCCGUGCAGAGAACUGCUCAGUGGUGGAGGCGGCGCUGAAGGGCUGUCCUGAAGCUGAACUCCAAGACCUGUGGGAGGAGCUCGCUGUUCCCUUUUCUCAACACUUUUGCUUCAGACCAAGCCAACACGAUGACUCCCGACGAGGCAUCUUAGUGGUGCCUCAUCCUGGAAAGACCUGGGGACCCAUGUUUCUCUCCCGCAUUCGAAGGAAGAUGUGA